CCAGUCAAGUCGCAAGUUCAUUUCGUUCUUAUAGAUUUUUCUCUUUUCUUCCCUCCUUUUGUUUUCUUUACGAAGGGACAAGCUUCCUCUCUCUCUCCCUCCCUCCCUCCCUCCCUCCUUCCCUCCCUCCCUCCCUCUCACGUUCUUCGCUGUCUUCCAUCGUGAGUUGCAUCGAAGGUUGUGCGCUGAUCACCAUCAUGAUGAUGUCUUCAGCUCGACGUGCGAUGUGUAACGAUGGCACAGCGAGAAAGUGGCUAUGGUGUCUGAACAGGAGGACUGUUAUUUUGUCCUUGUGCUUCUUCUUGACUGCUACUACUUCAUGGGGGACCUGUAGUGUGUCUGCCCACAUUUUGGCGUCUGAUCUUGUCCCGGCAGAGUGGGGAUUGGCUGCAAAUACGCCUGCUGCUAAUGCCGGUCAGUCUUUCUGUCGCUUCACCAACGACUCCACUCUGCCUGCUACCGCCAUGCGCAAACAGUUCUGCUGCAAUGUUACCUCCCAUCUGAUUGAUGACGUGACGCAAAUCAACAUCUACAAAGCGUCGGCUAACGAAACCGGAGUGCCGACGACUGGCUCUGUGAUAGCGCUGCCGACGGCGAACGGCGGUGUAACUCUGCAAAUGCACACCCCUGUGUUCGUUGGCUGUGCCUUCAACAUCAGCUGGGACACCUACAAGUCCGUGCACGAUGAGGUGGAGAACUACCUUCUUGUCGUCUCCACAACCAAGAACACCACUGGGGGUUUCAAGGGCCAGAUGUAUGAUGGACCCGGAGAAAUGCCUGCUAAUGGACACUACGACAGAAAUGCUGCUGGUGGCGAUAGUAGUCAUGCUGGGCACACUGCGGGAGCACCACCGGCAGGAGAAGCUCUGAAAAACGGUGUCGUCAACCAGAAAAGGCUGCCGACAAUCGCCACGUGGGUCACCGUGGCCUUACUCGUGGCCGCCGCUCAUCUGCAGCAAAUUACCUUAUGAAGUGUAUUGCUUGUUUUGGUUUGGACCGUACAAACGGACUCGACGCCGAUGCAUCAACACGACCCACCACCACUCCCAAGGAAAAGGUGAUGCUUCAACCCGGUGCGAGAAAAACAUGUGCGGUGAGGAGCUCCCUAUAACCUACCUUACUUAGAGGGCAGACUCACACUAGGCACUCAAAAUCGCAGAAUCGCAAAAUCAGCGGCCACAUCCUGUCCCCCUAAUAGAAGAACGAGAUCUGGCCGUUCAUUUUGCUAUUCUGUGAUUUUGAGAGCCUAGUGUGAGUGUACUCUUUGUACGUGCCAUGGGUGAUGUAGCUCUUUUAAGAUCGCUAAUAUAACUACUAAGUACGUACCAUGGGUGCUGUAGCUCCAUUGCCAUAUUACGACGGGUGCAUAGAUUGAUUGACUCAAGUGGAGAGAUAGGGGAGCUGAAACCCUGCUCCAGUAAAAUUGCACCCUUCUC